GAUAAACGAGUUACAUACAUAUCCAUCUUGUUGUUGUUUUUUGUUUAUUUGUUGUCGUUUCAUAUCGUUUCUGCGGUUCAUUUUUCAAAGAGUUUCAUAGUUUUGUCUGUGCAACAUUCAUUUCAUUGUUGUAAAUCGAAACGAAGCAAGUACUAAAUAAAUAAAACGAGAAAAUGGGCUCACCAAAUGAAGGUACAUCAAUUGACACCGAUGGUGUAAAAAACGAUACCACUGAUGCAUUGCCUGGUGGUACAACUAACCGAAAUAAUUCGAAUGCGCGCGUUGCACGUAUGCCAACCGAGCGCUAUGCAUCCGAAUAUAAUAUGAGACACAGUAAACGUGGUUUGGCCAUCAUUUUUAACCAUGAACACUUCGAUAUUCCGUCAUUAAAAUCUCGAACUGGCACCAAUGUUGAUUGCGAAAAUCUAAAGCACACCCUUGAAUAUCUGCAAUUUGAUGUUAUUGUUCACAAAGAUCUUCGUCACUCGGACAUUCAACAAAGAGUUGAAGAGCUUUCCAAUGCUGAUCAUUCCGAGCAUGACUGUUUAUUGAUAUCGAUUUUGUCGCACGGUGAAUUGGGUUAUAUUUACUCAAAAGAUACGCAUUACAAACUUGAAUCAAUAUGGAGCUAUUUUACGGCUCCACGAUGCCCCACAUUAGCUGGCAAACCAAAACUUUUCUUCAUCCAAGCUUGCCAAGGCGAUCGUUUGGACGGUGGCAUCACACUCAGUCGCACCGAAACUGAUAGCAGUGAUAACCAAUCAAUGGCCUAUAAAAUACCAAUUCAUGCCGAUUUUCUGAUUGCAUAUUCAACGAUUCCCGGAUUUUAUUCGUGGCGAAAUACCACCAAAGGUUCGUGGUUCAUGCAAUGUUUGUGCCAAGAGCUGGAACAAAAUGGUAAAAAAUACGAUAUCUUAACACUUCUGACGUUUGUGUGUCAACGCGUGGCCAUUGACUUUGAAUCAAACACACCCGAUAAUCCGAUAAUGCAUCAACAGAAGCAAAUUCCAUGCAUAACCACGAUGCUAACUCGACUAUUGCGUUUCCAUGAAAAAUAAACCAAAAUCCGUUUGGUUUAAUUCGUUCGUUGAAUGCAAGUAAACAUCGAUCUACUUACGUUCAAAUUCAAAAUUGUUUGCCAUUUGACCGAUUUUCAUCGAAUUUUCGAAAGCAUUUUUUUUUUCUCUAUUUUUUUUUUCUUCUAUUCCUUCGAUUUUAUAUAUAUAUUAUUAUUUUUUUCUCCUGCUAUUUUAUAUAAUAACAUAUAUUGUUUAUACUAUACUGCGGCAAACAGUUGUUUGCCAUAUAUAAAUGGAAAAAAAUCGACAGAUAGUGCAAUCUCUGCCACCCAUUUCAUUUCAUUCCAUUUAAACAGCAAAACUUCAGCAAAUUGUUGUGAUAAAUCAUUCAUCACAUAGCACUGGAACGACAAACCACAUCCACAGCGCAAUCAUCAAUAGUUCAAUAAGUUGUAUUUUAUUUUAUCACCAAGCAGUCGCUUGCCCAUUUCUCAAAUCGACAAUGACAACGGUUUCGUCGCAUGUUUGCAUUUAUUUUUCUAAACAAAAAAAAAGAUUAUUGUUUGCCUACGAAUGCAUUUUUCUUGUUCUCAUAAAACAAAUAAAUAAAGACCACUGCCCUUAUUGGUACUUUUUGCCUGCACAUUGCACUUGCUACAGUCAAUUUAUGGCUGUAAUUAUUUUUGGCCAGAAUCAAAUUUUAACAAUAACAUUUACCUCAAAUUCAAUCAGUGAAUACAUUGGGCUAAGAUAUUAGUUGGUCCUAUACAGUUGCUCUUCAACUCUGUGUGACACACUAUAUACACAAAUGUACACGCAGAGUCAAAGAGCAGCUCUGCUCUUAGCAUAAACGUAGCAGCUACUGAGUAGGAGCUACUGCAUAGGACAAACUAAUAUCUUAGCGCAAUGUAUUCACUGAAUUCAAUCGAACAAACACAAUUUUUACAAAGACGUAAAUAGAAUAAAAAACUAAAUUGAAGAGAAACAAUACAAAUAAAAUACACAUAACGUAAUUUUUAUAAUAGUUUACCAUUUUUUUUGGAACACAACACAAUUGCCGAACGAACAAAUGAAAUAUUUUUGAGAGAAUCAAACUUUUACAAUUUUAUUGAAGAAUAAACACUUUAUAUAUAGAACAUAAGUA